AUGCCUCUUCAUUUACUUGGGAAGAAAUCAUGGAACGUCUACAACAAGGACAACAUUGCCAGGGUUCGGCGGGAUGAGGCCCUGGCCAAAGCGCGGGAAGACGAGAGGGACCAGCGCCUACAAGAAAUUGACGCCGAGAGACGGAUCGAACUGCUUCGCGACCAACGCCCGUCAUCCCCUCCCUCGCAACAUAAUUCACUCAGCGAUGCCAGGGCCAAAUCUCUUACCGAAGGGCGCCAUCGCAAGCGAAGGCGUUUAGCCGGUGAAGAUGAUACAGACAGAGAUAUUCGAUUUGCGAAGGAAGAUGCACUUUCACGAACGGACGCAGGCCAUGGGGGUCCUCUACGUAAACCGACGAGCGAUGCUCCGCUAACGGAUGCUUCAGGACACAUUAGCUUGUUUCCAAGCCGGGCUGCACGCUCUGAUAAGAACGAAGAGGUUGAAGCAGAAGCCGCUAAAAAGAGGCGAGAAUAUGAGGACCAGUAUACGAUGCGAUUCUCUAACGCCGCAGGAUAUCGCCAGAAAGUGGAUGCACCAUGGUAUUCCUCUUCAACGCAGGAACUUGGGGCUGGAGCACAGAAUGCGCCCUCGAAGGACGUUUGGGGUAAUGAAGAUCCUCGGAGACGAGAGCGGGAGAAAGUGAGGGUAGAAGCCAAUGAUCCUCUCGCAGCGAUGAAGAAGGGCGUUCGGCAACUCCGCGAAGUUGAGAAGGAGAAAAGAGAGUGGGAAGAAGAGAGGAAAAGAGAGCUUGAGGCUCUGAAACGAGAGGAGAAGGAAUCGAGACGGCGUCGCCGCAGGUCACAAUCACAUGACAAUUUGGAUGAAUUUAAAUUGGAUGGAGGUCCCGAUCUCGCAGAGAAGGGGAACCCCGAAGUCCCAAGGCAUGAGCGGAGUCAUUCUAGUCAUCACCGCCAUAAACACCGAAGACACCGUGAGGAACGGAUUCGAGCAACACGUCCGGGCGAAGCCAUACAAACCGAGCCACCCGCUUCCUGGCUCAACGCUCCGGGUAAACGCUAUAGUGCGCAGUUCGCGGAGUAUGAUUAA